CCCCCCCCCCCCCCCUUUUGGGUGCUUUUUUCGGCUUUUUUCCCAUCCAGCUCCACCGACUGACCAGCAAUCAAGCAACCAGGAAAACGUCAUUAUAUUUUAUUCUUUGGGCCUUGGCCAGAACCGCAAGGUCUCACCGCAAUCACAAACAAAAGAAAAGUUUCGGGUCCGAGAGUUCUCUCCCAGCCUGUUUCCCGAGCGCAAAGGGAUCAUUUGAGGGCGCACAAGAAGAGCCACCACCAAGCAGCAGUUCCGACAAUAAUGUAGACCUCCAUAUCCCCCCCCAUCCUAUGGCUAUCCAGAGCCCGGAAAAAGUGUGAUGUGUGCGACAGCCCAGCUUUUCGGCCGUCCAUUCAGCGCCCGCCGUCAAGCCUCAGAACCAUGAUUUCCCCUAGCUGCACACUGCUGAUCCAGCUGGUGACCGAAAACCUCGACCGAGCGCCGUGUUCGCUGGACGAAUGAGACCCGAUGCGCGCGGUGUUAUUUUCUUUUUUCCUUUCCCUUUUUUGUUUGGGGAAAGCGAGAGAGAGAGGUCCUCGCACGGGUACUCCGUACUGGCAUACCUUUACCGGAUGGUUCGGGCUGGGCUGGGUGAUCUUCUUGGGCGUGGUGUUGGAUGUGUGCUAUGCUAUUUAUUGCGAUGGGAUGCUCGCUCCUAAUAAUAACCCCAAAUACCGAUCCCUUUUCUCGACGCCCAAUCCGGUGGCACAUCAGCCUUGUUGGUGCGAUGAUAUAUAUAUAUAUAUAUUAUAUAUUCCCAUAUAAUAAGACAACUCGUCUGUUGUGGGCUUUUGGAGAUACUUAGAACUUCGUUCGCCCAUGAGGCCAUACUAUCUCCGUUUACAUUUCCCUAGCGUCCUAGCGUCGAGAACAGAGUCUCCACCUUGAUGCUGAUGGGUCGUUCGAUAUGGAGCAGCAAGAGGAGGUUCUUAGUCCGCCUUUCUUGAAAGUUACUCCUCACGACCAUGCCGCCUGGGUUAUCCUGUCCAGUUGUCUCCUCCUUAUUCUGACCGUUAUCGUGGUGCUCGUGACUCUGAUAUCGCGCGCAAGAGUUCUUCGCAAACUAGUAUUAUGUGACAUGCUACUAUCUUUAGCUACGAUACUGAUGUUUGUCGAGACCAUAUGUAUAAACUUUGCUUGCUCAAACGGCCUCGGUCGGCAUCGCAACGUCCUGAGCGAGAAAUUAUUCCAGUCUUUCUCCAAGUUCUUCUACGCUAGCCAAAUCCUUGCUCUCGCAUCCCUAGCUUGUUCAAAAGCCGCCUUGACUUUACUGAUUAUUUACAUCAAACCCCUGACUGCUGUCCUAUAUGCAUGUCGCGGUCUCCUUGGAGCUAUCGCAGCCUGGAGUAUAGCUGGCGUCGUUGCUUUAGCAGCUCAAUGCGACGCCCCACGGCCUUGGGAUUUCAGUCAGGGAAGAUGUGUAAACCAACAGGCUCUAUACAUUGGGCUUGGUGCGUUGAGCAUUAUCACCGACGUUGCUCUUGUCAUCUUGCCGUUCUUUCUGGUAUUUCAGGUCCAACUUCCCACCCGGAAACGACUAACGAUCGUGAGCUUUUUCUGCAUACGGAUACUUGUCCCCAUUUUCAUGAUAUUCUGCUUAACGUCGCAAAACCAGUAUUUCGACGCAAAGCCCCCCGACAAAACAUGGCAUGCUGUGCACCCUACAAUCUGGGCCCAAGCAACGCUCAGCAUAUCAAUAAUUACAGCCUGCAUCCCGAGCCUGAAACGUGUCAUGGCAGACCUCCAAACAGGGCUGAUGGCCGGCAGGGUGACUGAAUUUUUGGAACUGUCCAUUUCCGGCGGGUCAUACUCUGCAACUGCUAGCCAGGCCAAUAAUUCAGGGAUGAAUACGACGGCGCAACCAAGGCAAACCUUGACAAAUAUAUAUGGCGUGGACACGAUCGACGAAAAUGGUGGCGAGGCCCUGCAUGCUGGCGAGAAGAGGGGCAACAGAACUCGGAAAGGAUACAUGAAUUCCAUCCUGCGAGGGAGGGGCCGGGAUCCAAAAAAAAAUAAUGAUGAUGAUGGUCAAACCCUGAGCGGCGGAAGAGCCGAGAAAAACGUCGAGACGACAAAACAGGGCGAGCCAGGCGAAGAGGAAGAACAUAUUACAGCAGAUCCCAACAAUGCGAUCGUGCAGACGAUUGGGUAUGAAGUGCGGUUUGAUCAAGAGGUGGAACAAAGGGUGAGCAGUGACCAACUUUGUGGCGGUGCUGAUCAUCUGCAUCAUGCAGCUUCAUCACAACAAUAAACGUUAAAUAUUUAAUGAAUAAAUACUCCGUAUAUGUCUCUGAACCCUGAUUUUCGGAUUGUGGCUCCUAGUUUUGUUUUUCUUUCUGAGAGUUCAUAUCUAGUUUCCCAUUUCCGAUUUUUUACGGCUCAGACGUGGACCCUCUGGGCAGACUAUCUCUCUUUACUCUACCUUCGGCGAAGGGAGUAUUGUCGCUCCGUUGCAGCUCUUGAUUAGCAUCCUUCGACUUCCAACAAAUGCCAUGGGCUACCGCCCCGCGAAGGCUGUGGACCUCUAGAGAGAAGCUUUAAACUUUAACAGCAUCGACGUCGAUCCGUAGAUCCAUAGAGAAAAAGCCGCUGGCGACGGUCAAUAAGAGCCCCUUUCAACUUUCAAGGAUCAAGUCUCUUAUUCAGAUCCAAGAGGAUGUUUGCAGUCUUUCCAGGAAAGAGGGAUCAGAUCGACAACAGUCACACAUUCUCGCGACAAAGAGAAAAACAUAUUAUUUUACUUGUCUGUACUCUGAACGCAGCAGACAGGAAGGGGA